GAUCCCAUGUUGAUUCAUAGCCUUGUUUAUGUAAAACAUGACCUUAAAGUGUUGCUGUUAAUUGCAGGGUAUCUGUAGCCAUAUAAUUUUAGGAAUCUGAAGAUUGUUCAAUGUAUUUAUUUAAUUUGCAUAAAUGUGAUGAUUGAAUUAUAAAUCCAGCCUAUUUUGCUCGCUGUGACUUAAGUCCAAGGAUAAAUCUAAAGCCAUGUUUGCAUGUUUAGAAGCGCAUCUUUGAAAACAUCUAUCUGCAUGUUACACCAGACAGCUAUAUUCCUUGCCUGGCAGACCUGUGCAAAGCACUGUGGGAAGUUAUGCUCAGCUAUUACAGGACCAUGGAAUGGCAUGAAAAGCAUGACAGUGAGGACAGUGCUUCAGCUGCUGAAGGGAGUAAUAUGAUGGGUACUGAAGAAACUAAUUUUGAUCGUGGCUACAUAAAAAAGAAAUUAGAACAUGGACUUACACGAAUAUGGCAGGAUGUCCAGUUAAAAGUAAAAACUUACUUGCUUGGAACUGAUUUGUCUAUUUUCAAAUAUGAUGAUUUCAUCUUUGUUUUGGAUAUAAUCAGCAGGUUGAUGCAAGUUGGAGAAGAAUUUUGUGGUAGCAAGUCUGAAGUUUUGCAAGAGUCUAUCAGAAAGCAAAGUGUCAAUUAUUUUAAGAACUAUCAUAGAACACGGCUUGAUGAACUGAGAAUGUUCUUAGAGAAUGAGACUUGGGAACUUUGUCCUGUUAAGUCAAAUUUCAGCAUAUUGCAACUUCAUGAGUUUAAAUUCAUGGAACAAUCUCGGUCCCCAUCAGUUUCUCCUAGUAAGCAGCCAAUGUCAUCUUCUUCAAAAACAGUGACAUUGUUUGAACAGUACUGUAGUGGUGGGAAUCCAUUUGAGAUUCAGGCCAACCACAAAGAUGAAGAAACAGAAGAUGUUUUGGCUUCCAAUGGGUAUGAAUCUGAUGAACAAGAGAAGAGUGCCUACCAGGAAUAUGACAGUGACAGUGAUGUCCCUGAAGAGCUCAAGCAGGAUUACGUGGACGAGCAGACAGGUGAUGCUCCAGUGAAAAGUGUUUCCCGAGAAACCCUAAAAAGCAGGAAGAAAUCAGACUACAGUCUAAAUAAAGUGAAUGCACCUAUCUUAACAAAUACAACAUUGAAUGUAAUAAGACUUGUUGGGAAGUACAUGCAGAUGAUGAGCAUUCUUAAGCCCAUCGCCUUUGAUGUUAUCCACUUCACAUCUCAGCUAUUUGAUUACUACUUGUAUGCAAUAUAUACCUUUUUUGGUCGGAAUGAUUCAUUAGAAUCAACAGGACUUGGCCUUAGUAGUAGUAGACUAAGAACAACUCUAAACAGGAUACAAGAAAGCCUUAUUGAUCUGGAGGUUUCAGCUGAUUCAACUGCCACACUCACCGCAGCAGAAGAAAGAAAGGAGAAGAUACCCAGCCCACACCUCAGUCACCUAGUGGUUUUGACAUCUGGGGAUACAUUGUAUGGGUUGGCAGAAAGAGUGGUAGCCACAGAAUCCUUGGUAUUCUUGGCUGAGCAGUUUGAGUUCCUUCAGCCACAUCUGGAUGCUGUGAUGCCUGCAGUCAAAAAGCCCUUCCUGCAACAGUUUUACUCUCAGACAGUUUCAACUGCUAGUGAACUUCGUAAACCAAUUUACUGGAUUGUAGCUGGUAAAGCUAUUGAUUAUGAACAGAUGCUGCUCCUGAUGACUAAUGUGAAGUGGGAUGUGAAAGAAAUUAUGUCACAACACAACAUAUAUGUAGAUGCAUUGUUAAAGGAAUUUGAACAGUUUAAUAGGAGGUUAAAUGAAGUUUCUAAGAAAGUUCGGAUACCUUUGCCUGUGUCUAAUAUCCUUUGGGAACAUUGUAUACGACUGGCUAAUAGAACUAUUGUGGAAGGAUAUGCCACUGUUAAGAAGUGCAGUAAUGAGGGUCGUGCCUUGAUGCAAUUAGAUUUUCAACAGUUUUUAAUGAAACUUGAGAAACUAACCGAUAUUAGGCCCAUUCCUGACAAAGAAUUUGUGGAAACCUAUAUCAAAGCCUACUACCUAACUGAGAACGACAUGGAACGCUGGAUCAAAGAGCACAGGGAAUAUUCAACAAAGCAGUUAACCAAUUUGGUGAAUGUUUGCCUGGGAUCCCAUAUCAAUAAGAAAGCAAGACAAAAACUUCUGGCAGCUAUAGAUGAUAUAGACAGACCUAAAAGAUAAUGAGCAAAGCUCCCUUUCCUCAGUGGCAUUGAUCUUCUCUCAACAUAUAUAACAUGAAAGGCAAUUUUUCAUGCACUACUGACAACUGCCUGCUAAGAAACCUUUGUGCAUGUUCUUUCCAACAGGAAGGUGGAAAACACUGAAGUGCAUAUGGUGUUUCAAGUGACUUUUAUAUGCUUCAGUCUCUUCAACUUUUGGUCUCAUUUGUUAUCCUUUUCUGAAAUGAUAUUAUUGCCAUGUCAUAACUAUUGUUAUGUGACUACAAUUAUAUGUUUUACAUAAGAAUGUAACAUAAAUGCGUAAUUAUAGAGAACAGUGACUGAUGUAUCUAUGAACAGUUUUUGGAGAGUGAAUUUAUGUUGGCAUUUUUUUACCCUCUGAACUUCAUCCUUAAUAAGCAUAAUAUGAAGUGGUUGAUGUACAGUAUUUCCUAAUUAUGAGCACUGCAUGAGAAUUAAAAAGUACAUGUAAGUGAAAUAGUUGAAAAAUUCAGUAUGUUCAGUUUUUAAAUGUCAAAAUUUAUUUCGGGGUUGAUUUGGUUAUAACAGUGAUAUCAAUGAUGAAGUUUAAUAAAUAUUAUACUCCAAAAUGAUCAGC